AUGUCCCAGCUGGAGAAUUCACUCGAAACCAUCCUCAACGUCUUCCACCAAUAUUCGAGCCAGACGCCCCAUCCAGACAAGCUCAACAAGUUGAAGGAGCUCAUUGAGGAGGAGCUGGCUCAGUUCCUAAAGAACCAGGCCAACCCCCCCGGCAUUGACAAAAUCUUCAGACAGCUGGACCAAAACCAAGACGAAGAGCUUAGCGUUGAAGAAUUCAUAGUCAUGGUCACUAAGGUCACCAUUGCCACUGAGACCACGCUGCACAGCGGCCCGGGGCAAUUGCGGCAACGCCGGCCAUUUCCUGAGCAAUUCGCCGCCGCCGUCCUGGCCGCCUACCCGUUUGAUCUCCUGCCGAUCGCUCCAUCUUCCAAGAUCAGCCAGGUCCUGUGCAACUCCCUAGAGCGUCUUUGCAAUCAUCUGUGCCCGCCUGGCUUUGAGAGACUAGCAAAUUUAAUUCGCUACAUCUAA